UGUACCCGUGCAGCGUGUCGGUGUGGCGCGAGCCUCCAGUAGUCGCUCAGUAGCCAUCCGGGGAUCCGCGUGGGCGCGCGCGCGUGCGAGAGAGAGAGAGAGAGAGAGAGAGAAAGGGGCAGGAAGGCAGAACCGCGUACAAGUGUGUAGCGCGCGCAACCGGAAUCGCCAUUAGGAUUUCCGAGCUGAUGGAACACGAGCGGGAGAAGAGAAUUUGGGACUUGUCCUUGGACCCACACCCACACUAACUUCCCAACUUGAUGCAACCGGACCCGUUAGGAGGAUGAGUGCGCUGGUGUUCAGCAAACUGGAUGAGCGUCUGAGUUUCGAGGAGAGCGGAAAAGCCGUAGAGAGGAAGAGCCUGAGUUAUGUAGAAGUGCUCAACGCACAGCAUGCAGAUUCUCUGACCAAGAGGAUGGACGGAGCGCUGCAGCACCGGAGACAGAGUGGAGGGAAGGUGCGGCACAAGCGCCAGGCUCUUCAGGACAUGGCUAGGCCGCUGAAACAGUGGCUGUACAAACACAGGGACAACCCGUAUCCCACCAAAACCGAGAAGAUCCUGCUCGCCCUCGGCUCCCACAUGACCCUGGUUCAGGUUUCGAACUGGUUCGCUAACGCACGCCGCAGGCUGAAGAACACAGUGCGACAACCCGACCUGAGCUGGGCUCUGCGCAUCAAACUCUACAACAAAUACGUUCAGGGCAACGCGGAGAGACUCAGCAUCAGCAGCGACGACUCUGCUUCUGAAGACGGUGAGAACCCUCUCCAGCUCCAGCCCUGUGAAUCCGAGUCCAGCCAGCCCACGCACAAGAGCGUGAUCCAGGAGAGCCGAGGCCUCGAUUACGUCUCCCCGCCAAAGUACAAGAGCAGUUUGCUGAACCGCUACCUCAACGACUCCCUGCGGCACGUCAUGGCCUCCAACACGGACUCGCGCAAGAGGAACCACUCUGGCUCCUUCAGCUCCAACGAGUACGACGACGAGCUCCUGUCGCCUUCAUCCUCUGAAACCGAGGCCAACUUCAGCUUCCGCACAGAAUCCAUGGACUGUGGCUCCCAGUUCCACGACAGGUUCAACCCUAAAGGAGGCGUACGAGGAAAAAGCGGCACGUACUGGAACGAGCUCCACGCCGCCAUGGCGUUGACUAACCUGGCUCAGAGCGAGGAGGCCACCGGUCAUGCAGGCACCACCAGCUGCAUCAUCCAGAAAUCCUCACAUAUAGCAGAGAUAAAAACUGUCAAAGUGCCGAUCGCUCCUCCUCAGUAGAGCUCCGGGAGGUCUGGGGCCACGGAGGCAGGCGGUCAGCAAAGACACUUCUCACUUCAAGACUUGAACGUGGAUGUUAGUUUUGGAAUCAGAAUUUUUUUUCUAAAGACGUGAUUUGGAUUUUUCACCCGAAGUGCCUGAUUAUGACUAAUGACAUCCAGACUGUUCACCAAACACCAACAGGAAGCGAUGUGUCAUGGAUGGAAGUUUAGUUUGGACAGUUAACGUCAACGAAUCGCUGGCUUCAAAUCAUAUAACGAUGUCCACUUGGGUUUUUUUUUUUCUGAGUCUGUUAAAUAUCAUUUUCAUUCAUGACAGGUUUCUCGAUCCUCACACUGUCCCAGCUCCAAAUGUAAUAUAUUCAUAUCCGUGUUUACCUUCGUCUUUUUCUAAGUUAAGUGUAAUGUUUACCGAGGCAGGAUUAUUAUCCAACGAUUUUUUGCUCCGCACUUCUUUCUCGUUAUUUUUGACUUUUUUUUACGAUAUAGGUUACAGCCAUAACUAGCGUCGCAUCGUGUAUCUGAUGAUGAUGAUGAUGAUGAUGGACGAGCCCCCGGUCUGGGGAAAAGCACGGCUGGCCGGGUCGUAUCGGCUCGCCCCGUCUCAGACUGCGCUGAUGAAAAUCUUUUCCUGAACUCUCUCUGACCCAUCUGCGAGUAAUCAGCUUUCUGCCAAUCACCGAGCGUGACUCAGAUCCUCGUCACUCACGGAGUCCUGACCAGAUUCGCCCGUUUCAAAACAUCGUCUCGGAAAUAUUUCUCCUCUUUCCAGCAUUUUCCCGUUUCAAUAAAACCAGAUGACUUGAUGACUCUGUCUUUCGU